CAAAGUUUCACUUUCCUCGAGGGUAUCCGCUCUCUUCAUGGCGGUGGCAGCGGCGUCUUUGGCCUCGCUCGUGUGAGAAUGUGUUUGUGAGAGUUUGAUUUUAUGUACAUAUGAAUGGUGACAGCAGAUUCGUCGACGAGAAAUCGUAAUUAGAAGAGAGCUCGCCAUCGAGGUCUCAUCUCACACGAUUCCUGCGCGAGGGGUUUUGAUCUCGCGGGCAGAAAUGGGCGGAGGCGGAGAGGGAUCGGGGAUCAUGUCUCCCCAACGCGAGACGCAAGGGGGAGACGACGAGAGGGCGCCGACGGCCACGGAGAUGGUGCUAUUGGAAGACGGGAAGACGGCGGAAGAGAAUCUCGAGCGAGCGGAGCAUGAAUUUCUGCUGAACAGAGGCUGGCGACAGGCGAAUUUCGCACCAUCGCUGGCGGAGGUGCACUCGUCCGUCAAAUGGCCCGAGGCGGGAGCUCCGUGGUACAAGAAAGUGCUGGCUCUGCUGGGGCUCGGAUUCAUGAUCAGCGUCGCGUACAUGGACCCGGGAAAUUGGGCCACGGAUUUGGAAGGCGGGGCGUCGUAUGGUUACAGGCUUCUAACCGUCAUCCUGCUCUCGAACAUCUGUGCCAUCUUCCUCCAAGCUCUGUCGCUCAAAUUGGGAAUCGUAGCCGAGCGAGACCUGGCUCAAGCAUGCCGAGAUGCGUACCCUAAAUGGGUGGUUUACAUCCUGUGGGUCAUCAUCGAAAUCGCCAUAGCUGCCACCGACCUCGCCGAGGUCAUCGGCUCUGCCACCGCGCUGUACCUGCUCUUCAAAAUCCCCAUCUGGGCAGGAGUGCUCAUCACGGCCGUGGACACCUUGUUCAUCCUCGUGUUCGGAUUCAAGAGCUUCCGGUUCCUCGAAUUCGUCGUCGGCGGGCUGGCAUUUCUCAUUGCCGGCAUUUUCGUGUACGAGCUGAUCGUGGUGAAGCCCGAGUGGAGCGAGGUGGCCAAGGGAUUGAUUCCUGAUUACAAAAUUCUGCAGGAUGCCCGAAUGCUGUACACGGCAAUCGGCAUUCUCGGGGCCACUGUCAUGCCGCACAGCCUGUUUCUGCACUCGAGCAUCAUCCAGACCAGGGCUUACCCUCGCACCAAGGACGGCAAGAAGAUGGCCAUCAAGUAUGGCCGCUGGGACUCGAGCAUUUCGCUCAUGCUCGCAUUCUUUGUGAACUCGUCGAUUCUGAUUCUCGCAGCUGCCGCAUUUCACUACGGGCCCAAUCCGAACCGUGAUGUGGCCAACAUCACCGAUGCCUACGAGCUGCUGGCCCCAGCUCUGGGAGGGCAGGCUGCCAAGAUUUUGUUCGGAGUGGGGCUGCUGGCCAGCGGGCAAAACUCGACCAUCAUCGGGACUCUGGCGGGGCAGAUCGUCAUGGAGGGAUUUCUGAAGAUCCGGUUGAAGCCGUGGAUCAGAAGGUCCAUCACUCGAGGCAUCGCCAUCGUUCCUGCUGCCGUGGUGGCCGCCGUGGGAGGCAACGCUGGGGCCGGAAGGCUUCUGGUCAUGAGCCAGGUGCUGCUGUCGCUGACCUUGUCAUUUGCUGUCAUCCCCUUGGUUCACUUCACCAGCUCCACGGCCAAAAUGGGCCCCAGCUUCGUCAAUGGCUGGCCCGUCAAGAUCUUUGCCGUCCUCGUCGCCAUCAUCAUCGCCGGUCUGAAUAUUUUCCUGCUGUUCCAGAGUAUAAAGAACAAUGAAUUCGGCAGCUCUACCGGAGUCUAAUCCGACCGCCAUGUGAGUGUUGUUUCGAUUCAGCCAUGCCACUUGUAGAGCUUUUGGCAUCGAAGAAGAUCAGCUCUAGAGAGAGUCCUCCUGGAGCUGCCUCCUGCCUCAGCUCAGCUCGUCCACCUCUGGCAUGGAUGCUUGUUCAGUACAUACGACGGGUUUGCUUUUAGUGGAAUUCGACCGACCUAUCUGCAGCUCUCCGACUUCGAAGAGAUCAUGAAUUGAAAUGCUUCCGAUGAUAUGAGCUGUAGAGAUUCGAUACGGCUGCAAUUUCGGAGGCAAAAGGACCUGAAUGGGUUCUUGAGGUGUCACAUGCAGAAGGAUUUUGUAGAGACGAGAGAUUUGCUUCCCAAACCAGAAGAAGGUUUGGGAAGGAGGAGGUUUCUUUUUGAGUCGCUCGUCCUUCCCCAGAGCCGAAGGCUGGUGAGUGAGCGAGUCAGUCAGUGAGUCAGGAUAAGUGCUGCGGUGCAUGUGCUCAGACACUUCUCCACUGUAUGAGGCGACCUCUCCUUACCUGUACAUGUAGAUUACGGUAGCUCGCCGAGUUCACCGAAUGUUCGAGGUUUUUGGUAGCAGGUGGAGAAAUCGUUGUGUAGGCAGUAGAGAACUGAAGUAAGUGAGAGUUUUCGAGAAGAUGCGACUGGUAUUUCGGAAGAGUCCUGAAGUUGCCAGUGCUGGGUUAGGCAUCUUGUAUGCAGUCGAUAGGAGAAGAGUUUUUGAAGAAGAAUUCUGCAGAAGUUUCUCGAACAGAUAUUGUACAGACCAGGUCACAUUGUCGAUGCUGAACCCGAUGACAACUGUGAAAUGUUUGUUGUUCCUUCACAGCCUCUGCAUUUGUUGCAAUACGUUACAAGCUGUUGAUCGACGCUUUGACGAUGUAAUAAACAAGAGUCUGCACUUGUCUUGUC